CUCCAUAUGGAAAUGCCAAAAUCACAAAAUGGCCACCACUUACGUCAUCGCCGGCACUGGUCUCAUCACAAAUCCUCGUCGUAACUCCUCUUCAACUGCACUUGACUUUAACCAAAAUCUAUCUUGCCGUGGCCCAACUUUGAAAACAUUUAGGCCAAUAUAUGCUUCUGUAUCUGCUUCGCCAACACCGGUGACUAAGCCCGAUGACCUAGUCGAUUCCAUUCUCUCUAAGGUUAUGCAAACAGAUCGAGGGGUUUUGCUUGCAAGGGAUGAGCACAAAAAGGUAGCCGAAGUGGCUCAAGAACUGCAACGUUUCUGUGUGGAUGAACCCGUGAAAUGCCCUCUUAUAUUUGGAGAAUGGGAUGUAGUGUACUGUUCAAAUCCCACUUCACCUGGAGGAGGCUAUCGGAGUGCAUUUGGUCGCCUUUUCUUCAAAACGAAUGAAAUGAUUCAGGUUGUUGAAGCCCCUGACGUUAUCAGGAACAAAGUAGCCUUUUCACUUUUUGGUUUCCUUGAUGGUGAGGUUUCCUUAAAAGGAAAAUUGAAUGUUUUGGAUGAAAAAUGGAUCCAAGUUGUGUUCGAGCCGCCUGAACUCAAGGUAGGAGGGUUGGAUUUUCAGUAUGGUGGUGAGAGUGAAGUUAAACUAGAAAUCACAUACAUUGAUGAGAAGAUCAGGUUGGGAAAGGGCUCCAGAGGUUCCUUGUUUGUGUUUCAAAGACGUCAACCUUGAAAUGCUAGACUUUCGAGUUGCUCUUCCUUACACUAUACACCCAAUUCUAUGUACAAACAUAUCGUAGAAAGUGAAACACAAAUAUGGAGAAUUGUUUAAAGAGA